AUGACGAUCGAUCUCAGCCUCAAGUCUAACCAACAAAAGACCAUCGCGGUUCUAGGAGCAUCCUACGCUGGGCAUCGAGCCAUCCAAGUGCUCGUCGCAAGCUUGCCAGAGGACUGGCGCGUUGUCGUAUUGGAGCGCAACACUCAUGCCAACCAUCUGUAUGCAUUUCCACGAAUGAGCGUGGUGCGCGGUCAUGAGCAGAAAGUGUUCAUCCCUUACACCAACAUGUUCAAGCCCGCACUGGAUCGACGAGAUCAACACGUGCUCUUGCAUGCCAAUGUGUUGGAACUCGACCAGGAGCAGCGCCGAGUGUCCUACGAGCUGAUUGAUGACAAGCAGUCGGGUGUGCAGUGGCUGCACUGGGACUUUCUCGUGUAUGCGCUGGGCAGCCAUCUUCCAGAUCCGAUCAAUGUAUGGAGCAAUAGCGAACAUGUCAACACGCACGACGGCAGCAAAAUGAUGGGCGUCAAAUGGCUCAGAGAUGCGCAGGAUCGAAUCGAAAAGGCCGAAUCGAUCGUCAUUGUCGGCGGUGGAGCGUUGGGUGUCCAAUUGGCAACUGACAUUGCCGUUACCUAUGGUAGCUCGAAAAAGGUGACUUUGACCCACUCUCGUCCACAGCUGCUGCCUCGAUUCGACCCAUGGAUGCACGAGAAGACGGCUGCAAGGCUACAAGAGCUUGGAGUUGAGCUUGCACUUGGCAGCCGAGUUGAUCUGAGCACGGUGAGCGAGGAUAAAAAAAGGUUCAAGCUGCUUGACGGACGCGAGCUUCAAGGUGAUCUUACCUUGUUCUGCCUUGGUCAAACGCCGAAUACAUCGCUGCUGGGCGCGUCAUCGUUGAACGAUUCGGGCAUGGCCAAAGUAGAGCCAACACUGCAGCUGUCGGCUAACGAGCGCAUCUUUGUGAUUGGCGAUGCUGCAGAUGCGUUUGGGGCGAUCAAUGCAGGACAUACAGCGUGGGACCAGGCCGAGGUGGCUGCCAAGAACAUUCUGGCUCUCAUCGAUAACAAAGGCCAAGCGAUGAAGCUGGAGGAGUACAAGCCAACACCACCAGCCAUCAAGGUCUCUCUGGGAAUCGAUCGAGCGAUUCGACAGACGAUGGCGGGCGAGCUGGUCGAGGUCGACAGCGGAUCGAUCGAUCUCAAUUCGACCAACAUGUGGACCAGACGCGGACUCAGCACUGAUGAUUUGUGGCAGUAG